AUGCCGAGACGACGGAACGGAGAGAUACCGUUGCCCGACGGUUGGGAUUUCGCUAGAGACUACGACGGCAAAGUGUACUUCAUCGACCACAAUUCCAAAAAGACCACUUGGAUCGACCCCAGAGACAGGUACACCAAACCACAAUCGUUUGCCGAUUGUAUUGGUAAUGAAUUGCCUCUUGGAUGGGAAGAGGCCAUCGAUCCAGUUAUCGGAGUCUAUUAUAUCAACCAUUUCAACCAAUGCACCCAAUUGGAAGACCCAAGGUUGGAAUGGAGAGCCGUCCAGGAAGCUAUGUUGAGAGAUUACCUUCAUACAGCCCAAGACGUCUUAGAAGCGAAAAAAGAAAUUUACGACAUAAAACAGCAACGGUUGUAUUUAGCUCAAGACGAAUACAAUCACCUCAACAAUGCUCUGUCGACAUUAAACACGUCUAGAACUAGUCUCUGUUCGAGCACCAGUAAUAUAAGUACAAAAUAUGAUCCCGAUUUGCUCAAGUCAGACGUCGCUCACGCCCGGGAAAGAGUUACCAGGUUGAAACGCGAAUUGGAACAGAUCGGCGUCGAGAUGUCGUGCACGCGACGCGGAGUCGAGACCCUCUCAAACGUGGAACAAAAACUGUCGAACGACGGAAGCCGUUACAACGUGGUCGAGGCUCAAGCGAUCGUCACCGAGCUGCGAGAGAUCCAACAGUCGCUGAGUUCCGGACAACGCGAGCGCACCGGCCUGAUGCAUUCGCUGGCCAAGUUGAAAGACGAUCUGACGCGACUGCAGCUGUGUUCCGCCACCGACGAUCCCGAUCUGCAGACGCAGCAUUCGUCGUCCACUCAGCUCAGCGACAAGCUCAGCACGGCUUCGCAGACGGACUUGUCCGGCGAGUUGAUGCCCAUGGGCACGAGACUCGCCGAAAUGGCGCGCAUGCGUCUCGAGUACGACGAGGCGCGAAAGCGCAUACAAAACAUACAGCAACAGUUGGCCGAUCUCGAAGAAAAAGUGAUGCCCGGCCAAGAGGAGUCGGACAAGGACCGACUGCUGCUGUUCCAGGAGAAGGAACAGCUGCUCAGGGAGCUCAGGAGCAUAACGCCCCGCUCGAGAAGUCACAGGGAGAUGGACGACAUUCAGGGGGAGAUCAAAAAACUUGAACAGGACCUGAACAACGCGUUGGAAAUGUCCAACAGAGCCAUCACCGACAGGUUGAGAUUGCACGAGGAAAAACAGCUGCUGUUGCAACAGCUCAAGGAAGCGUUGCGGUCGAUGACGCAACUGGAAUCGCAACUGAAAACGCUGUCGGCGUCCACCCUGUCGGUGAGUUCAAGCUCGAGUCUGGGCUCGUUGUCCACGACCAGCAGCAAGGGUUCGCUGAGCAGUGGUCUCAGUUUCACCGACAUCUAUGGCGGGCCUCAAUGUCUCGCCCCGGCUACAUACGACCGGCCCAUCGACAUGGCUGACUUGCACAAGAGAGUUGAGAGGCUUUUGCAAAAUGACAUUCAACCUCCGGCAUAUGAGAACCCAGGUGAAUCGUCCGGUUCUGUUCCCAACGUCGCCGGUAGCGUGACAUACUCCAGAAGCUGUCGACCAACAAGCCCUCCUCUCUCACCCAUAUCUGAGACCCCGCCCAGGAGCGUGUCGGCUGCGGUCAGUGACGAGUCGGUUGCCGGUGAUUCUGGCGUGUUCGAAGCCAGUCACAAGUCUAAUUUCAGUGCAGAAACUUCCCAAGUUCAAAUCAAGCUGAAGUACUCGAUUGCUGAGCAAGUGUUACAUGUUUGUAUUGAGAGAUUGCGCAAUGUAGUAGCACUGUCUAUAGCGGAAUCAUGGCAAUUAUACAUUAAAAUUGUAUUGUUGCCGAGCAGUUCAAAUACUUCACUAAGUGGUUGUACAAAGCCUAUAUCGGAUCUGUCAAAACCCAGAUUCGGCGAUAGUUUUGACUUUAAUUUGCCAUCCAACAAGUUAUGUACAAAAACAUUACAGGUCAACGUAUGGGGAUUAGGUCCUGAUGAUAUAACUGAGUGUUUGGCAUGUGCUCAAGUGAGUUUGGCUGAAUUUAAUGAGACUGAGAACAACUCUUGGUGCAAAUGGUAUAACCUGUUGAGUCUGAAAUGCAUGCAUAAUGGUGGUUCUCUACCUUCUAUCUUGCUCAAGGAUGAUGGCGGUGGUUCUGACGAUUCCACUAUAAUAUCAUCUCAAACUUCAACCCUUACACGCAACCAAGGUUGUUUAGAAGAAAACGAAGCAAAAUUUAUUAAUGUAGAUAAUUUAAAUGAGAACGAAGUUGAAUAUGACGAUGGUGAUUCAGAUGACAGUGUGAGUGACGACGAUGAUGACGAUGAAGAAGAUGACGAUAUUGAAGUUUAUCAGCUGGUUAAUGAAAAGAAAGAAUUAGAACAAGUAUUGGAAAUUCCUAGCAAGGAAAACGAUACAGAAGAUAAAGAAACCAAUACAGAAUGUGCCUUUGGUGGUAGCAACGGGGAAAAUACCAGAGUACCUACAAUAGUCAUCAAAAGGUCACAAACAUUUUCACCUACAGCCAAAAACCAGUAUAUCUGUAAACUAAAUCGCAGUGAUAGUGAUAGUGCCAUGAACCUGUACAGACGACACAUAUCGUCAAGUGCUAGUAUGAAAGGCAUUGGUGGCAGUAAUGCUGAUAUAGCAUUCCGUCGCAACUGCUUGGAACGUCGUUCAUUGCGACUAGGACGAGCGCCUGGCACAUCACCUAGUAGAUGUAUGCCUGCUGUGAAUGGUACAUCUUGGUGUCGCCCACCAAGGACGUCUAUUGAUCUAGAGCUUGAUAGACAAGCACAGCAUGCUAGGUUGUUAUCGCUAAAUGAUGAAAUAUCUAGGCUUAGACAACUGAAAAAUACACUGGAAAUAGCCAAAGAAACCGGUGACACCGACGUGGCUGCUUGGGUUUUGGAAGACGAAGAAUUCCAAAAUCUCGUUAAGGAGGCUGGAGACAAGACCCUUGAUGAAAAGAAAGUAGAACGACGGCUGAAGAGGGCGUCACAAAAAUUGUACAAUUUAAGAAAAAGUAAAGCCGGCCAAGGAAAACCUGACAUUAUUUCAUUCAAAGAAAAAAUGGCAUUCUUUACUCGACCUGGCGUUUCAGUACCUGUUCCCCCUACCAAAUCUUCACAAGACCCAAAGUCUACAGAAACACGGUAUCAAUACACUGUGGACAGGGUAUUUGGAGUAGAGGUUUAG